AUGACUGGAUUUACUGGUCUUUCGAUUAUCAUCUGGCUGCCCGUUUUCUUUCAACUGGUGAAUGUUCUGAGUGCAGUGCAAGCGGGGGUACAUCUCUUGCCAUCUGUCUGCGCGAGCGCAGUUGGUGGUGCAGUGGGCGGUUUGACUUCCAUCAAAAGGAAUCGUACGUGGACAACGAUAGUCGUGGGCAACAGCCUCUUGUUGGUUGGCUGUGGUCUAUUCUCCUUCACCCCUGACUCUUUCGACGUGCCGCGCAUUUUGUAUGCAUCACAGGUCAUUUCAGGCUUUGGUGCAGGCAUGACGUUCACUGUCACCACGUUUCUGAUGAGUCUCAACGCCGACUUCGAAGAUCAUGCUAUUGGUCAAGGCCUGAUUGCGCAAGGCCGCGUAAUUGGCGGAACCUUGGGCGUUGCCAUGGGAAGUGCUCUCUUCAGCAAUCAUAUCGCUGGACUAGCAGGUGUUUUGACACCAGCAGAACUUGCAACCCUUGCACGAAACCCUGGCUUCACGGCAACCCUUAAGCUACCUCAACAAAUUGCAGUCCGACAAGCAUUUGCGGCGUCCUUCAACGAGUCGCUCCGCAUCUGUACGUAUAUUGCAGCUGCGAGCUUGUUCGUAUCGUUUUUCGUGUGGCAAACGAAUCCUCCGAGCAUACAGAUGCCCAAGAAAGAGCUGGAAGCCGCCAUUCGAGCCGACAGAGCUCGAAACGAAGUCUCAAGCAACACCAAGGACUGCAAUCCAUAG